GAGAGCUGGGUUUGUGAGAUGGCCUCGCAAAACUAGUAUAAUGUGGUUUUGCACCACCAGAGGGAGAACUCGAAUUAGACUGUAGACCAGACCAAAGCGGAUUAGACCGGAAUCUGUGUGGUUCAGUCCAGUGUUUGGAAACGAACGAAAUGGUCAAGUGGAAAGCGCAUCGAAAUUAAAAAGUGUCCUUUCUAAUAGAGCCUUUCUUCUGAAUUAUGACGUACGGCUGUUAAAAAUAUCCAUUACGAGAUUGUUUAAACUUGACUGAAGUUGUAAACAAUGGAAGAAGCGCUUUGGAGCAAGAAAAUCGAAGACCCUCUUUCAUUGAUGAGUUUCAUCAUUCCACCGUCGAGGUUACUGUCUGCAGCCAUGUGGCAGGUGACUGAACAGAGACAGGUCCAGCACUAUGGGAUGCUGGAGGAGUUUGUAAACAUGGUGACCGAGACACUGCCAGAGCUUCUUGAUUACAAUCAAAGAACUCAGCUGAUAUUUGGCUUAAGAGCAAGGCGUCUUUUGGAGUUGUGUCGUGGUAAAUAUCAGGUUGACCUGGAAGACAUUCAGCAUCACUUGGACCGGAUCCAUGCUCCUCGUGUCGUCAGUGCGAUCAAUGAGGUGGUUGAUGAAGACAUGGAGGAAUCUGAGGCCUGUUUCUUUGGCCUUGUUCGGACCCUUAUCAGCAACCCUGAAGAGAGAGAGAAUUUCUUCCAGAACAUUUUCCCAGAAGAAUACGGCCCCAAGUUUGACAAAAACCUGCAGACACUUAUGGAAGACUUCCUCUUGCGGUUUGAUCGGAUGAUGUCAGUCCCAGACCUUUCACAGACGGUCUCUUGGCUCAGGACCUGCCCGUCUAUUCUGGAGCAAUGCCUUUAUUCAGUUUCGGUCCCAAAGCAGAUGAAGACCCUGCUUGAACACCACAGAGCUAAAGGAAAUCUUCAGGACAAUGAGCAUGUUCACUCUGCGUAUAACAGCUGUACAGUUUCAUCUCAAUCUCUCCCUCCGCUGGUUCGAGUCGUCAUUUCCAGCGAUCACACAGAAUCUGGUGACCCGUCCGAAUCAGUAGCCGGUUUAGAUGGUCAAGACACCGAUGAAUGCCACACUUCAAAACCCUUGUCUGAUGUUGAUACACUCGGCUGGAUGUCUAAAAAGAGAAAAUUCAAAGUAGAGAUAGAGGAGAGAGAGGAUGAAGAGGAUGAUGAUGAUGAUGAUCAGAGCUGGCCAAACACAGGUGCUGGAUCUAGUAGAGAGAUUAACGGUUGCGUUGGUGAAGAGCUGAAUCAGACACAUGCCAAAAAAAACUCAAAGAAGUCCUCUAAAAGGAAAAGAGACGAGUCCAGAGAGUUCACAUUUAUCGAUCAUAUGGGUGCAUACACAGAAGAGUCUUCCUUCCAGACCUCUGAUGCUUCAAAAGUCCCUUGGUCAGAGGAGGAGACGCUUUGCCUCAUUGACAUAUGGGGAAAAGACAGCGUCCAGCGGAGUCUAAAAGACUGCGCUCGCAACCGACACAUAUUCAACCUCAUCUCGAAGAAGAUGUUCGAGAGAGGCUUUACCAGAACAGCAGAGCAGUGUCACACCAGGAUAAAACGCUUGAAAAUGAGCUUUCGACAGUGCCAUGAAAAUAUUGUGAAAGGAGAGAAAUCGGAAUGGAAGUUCUAUAAUGUUCUGGAGAAAAUUCUGUGCCGUAAAGAAUCUACAGAACAGGAAGACACUAUUACUGACAUCAGCGUUCCGGAAGAUUCCUCAGGACAGCAGGCGGAAGACACUGACUGGGAUGUUCUCGGUCAUGUCGGACUAGAGGGCACCAGGAAUAUCCCAUGGACAGACCAGGAGACGCAAACCCUCAUCAGGAUCUGGGGAGAGGACAAAACCCAGCGAGAGCUGAGAGGGGUUCUCCAGAACGGACACAUCUUUGCCAUGAUCUCAAAAAAGAUGGCCACUCACGGUUACAUGCGGACAGCAGAGCAGUGUCAAAGUAGAGUGAAAAGACUGAAGCUGUGCUUCAAACAGUCUUACGAGAGUAAACACACUGAGGGCAAAGAACAUAUAGAAUUUAAAUUCUAUAAACAGAUGGAGAGAAUUAUGGCUAAUGAAGAGCCAUGCUCAACACAGAUCAAACAGGAGGACUCAACAGACAUUGAAUAUCAGGCGUACAAGUACCAGAAAAUAGAAACAGCAAUGAACUGCAUGGAGGAUAGAAAGAAGGUUGCCUGGUCCGAUGCCGAGACCGUGAUUCUCCUUCAGUUAUGGGGUGAUGAGCAAGUCCAGCAGAACCUUCAACGCUGCCCUCACAAUGGACACAUCUACUCGGAGAUCUCCGAGAAACUGAACGGUCACGGAUACCUGCGCUCCGCUGAGCAGUGCCACACCAGAAUCAAACGACUCAAGAUCAGCUACAGGCAGUGCAUGGACAGCUUGAGUUCACCUGAAGCAGAACGUGUCGAAUUCAAGUUCUAUGAUCUGAUGGAAGAUAUUUUUCGAAGGAAUGCUUCCUCCAAAGUGUCAGGAGAUAACGAAACCAACAAUGGCAUCAAAUCGGGAUCCCAGGACAUCUGCAGCAGUUUUAACCAGACAGCAUCCUGGUCAGACUCUGAAACUGUAGCUCUUAUAGACAUUUGGGUGGACGAUGAGGUGCAGGACGCCCUGAGAGGAUCUGACCAUAACAUCCAGGUGUUUACUGAUAUAGCAGAGAGAAUGAACAAUCAGGGAUUCCUAAAAACACCAGAGCAGUGCAGAUGGAAAAUCAAGAACCUGACAAAGAGUUUCCAACAGUCUUACGAAAGGAAAAAAUGUGGCAUAGAGAACGCAGAUUGCAAGUACUAUGAUAAACUGGAGCAGGUUCUGGUUGAUGAGGACUUUUCACUGUGUGUCUAUGAUGAUGAAGAUGAUAAAGAUGCAGAAUACCAGCAGGCAGCCAUGGUAGCUGUAUCUGAAUCCGGCAGGAAGAUGACCUGGUCGGACCGGGAGACGCAGGCCUUGCUGGACAUUUGGGGUGAUGACCGUGUGCAGCACAGCCUCAUGUCCUGCCCGAAAAACAGGCACAUAUACAGAUAUAUUUCAAAGAGAAUGAUGGCACUGGGUUACAACCGAACAGGCGUGCAGUGCCACUCACGUGUGAAAAGACUCAAGUCCCAGUUUUACUAUGACGGCAAAGAGGAGUGUAAAUUCUAUGAUCAGCUGGAACAGAUUAUUUUAAAGGACAGAACAUCUGAAGGCCAGGACAUCAGUGAGCUGGAAUCCAUAACCGAUUCCGAUUCAGACUCUCUAGCACUCUCCAAACCUCUCACUGCGGACGGGACGAAGCUGGCAUGGGGUGACAGUGAGACACACACACUUAUAUCCAUCUGGGGGAGUGACGCCAUCCAGGAGAGACUGAAAGGCUGCAUCAAACGCAAACCUGUAUUUCAGCAGAUUGCACUGGCCAUGGCCGAGAAGGGCUACAGCAGAACAGACGAACAGUGUCGCUCCAGGAUCAAAAGACUGAAGGCCAGUUACCGCCAGUGCCUUGACAACUACAGAAAUGAAGGAGAGCAGGUGGAGUGGAAAUUCUUCAAACAGCUAAAUAAAAUAUUUGAGAAGUACCCUCUAGAUGAUGCCGAAAGCACCAUGGCUCAGGAGCCAGAGGCAGUUGGGAGAAAAAAACACUAGCAGGUCUGCAAAUGCACAGAGCUCAGGUGAAUCUGAACUGUGAACAAGUAAAUUUAAAAGUAAAUGUACCUACGUCACCUUUAAUGUCAAUCCAAAUGUACUAGGGCAUAUAUGGUUGAAGAAAUAAAAACACUUGUUGUUGGUAAUCAGCCACAUUUUGCUACUGCACUUUUCCAGUCUGACUACGCUACACUAGUCUGGAGGAGGAGAGACCCAUAUUCUCCUGGAUAUCUGGACUGAGGAUUAUAAACCACAUCUGACGGAGGUACUUUCUAUCAUGUGGACUGUGGAGGAUGGCAGAAGGACUCACACAAACCUUUAAUCAGCUGGAUUCCAAGCAUGGGACAUAACACUUUCACUAUCAAGCAACAGAAAUACAGAACCUUAUUUGUGCAUCAAAAUACAGCACCCUGGCACUGUAUUAUGUGCAUUCCUGUACAUUUGAAAGAAUUUGCAUAAUGGUGCUGUUGCCAUGUGGUCUCACAUUUUCACAGGGUCAAGUUUAACACUGAACUGAAUUUGUCUCAGCUGAUGGCGAUUUGCAUAGUAAGUUAAGAACGUGCAUUAGUCUAAUGAGAUCUAAUGAGUAAUAUGAUCCUUACAACCACGGAACUGAUACAAAUAACAGGAAAUUAGAAGAAAGAAGUAUGAAGUUAAAGUCUUUAAUUGAAAUGAAUAUUUCUUUUAGAGCAUAAUGGAAUAACUGGGAGGAAUUUAGUAAAUCUUUUUCUUCCUGGUGCAAAAUGAUUUCUCUGAUGAGUGCAUAUAGUCUUAAAAAAAACUACCGAUGUUGGAUUUAUAUUGUAUAUUUGUAUUAUAAAAGGAAACAAAUUAGUGCUACAUGGGUAAAAACACUGAAAAAAACUUCCAUUUUGUACAUUAGCUUUUCAAGUAUAUCAAAAUGUAAUAUAUACACAUUCUACAAAUGUAAGUUACUGUUACACAGGAUGAUGCCAAAGCUCACUGCUCAAAUCUCAAUCUCUUUUUAAGAGUAUCCCAUGUGUGGUAUUGGUAUGCGCCAAAUUAAAGAUGAAUUUCACAUCCAGUCAGAAUCGGUACAGGAAAUGUGUCUUCAAAAACACACUGCAUUAUUCAGUGAUGGUAGAAAAGUGGAGAAUAUGUUUUGUUACAGUGAGUUUAUCCAAUAUGCUUCUAAAUUUUAGAGGUGGACAACCAUAAAAACUAUAGUAUUUUCAGAGGUUUUAAUCUCACAUUGUUUUUGUUCUUAGGUAUUUUACUGUGCAAUAAACAUAUUAUUUAUUGGUU